AUGAGCAUCCUGUGCCCGAGCAUGUACGACCCCGUGCGAUCGGCCUUGGUCUGCCUUGUCGGGAGGCAGUGGGCCGCACUGCCCACAGUGCUCACCGGGUUCGCGGCGUUGGCCCUCAUGCACGAGCUGAUGCUCUACCACAUCGGAAGGAAGGAGGCCGCGUGGGCGAUCGCGCGGUUCUUCCUCCUCCACGGGGUCGCUGUGGCGGCAAAGGUCACAGCAAAGAAGGCGUUGCGCGGCACAAGGUGGCAGCGGCUGCUGGCAAAGGUGUCAAGGGUGUUGAUGGCGGGGUUCGUGGUGGUGAUGGGGUUCUGGUUGUUCCCACCGCCCCUCCUGCAGCGCGACGUGGUGGCGAAGGCGGGGAGGGAGACCAUAACGGUUGUUGAGUUUGUGAAAGGGCUUUGGAACAUCCUGAGAUUCAUCUCACGCAAACUAGCGAGUGGUCCUUGA